AUGAAGAGCACUCUUAUCGCAGCUGCGCUGCUCGGAUCCGCUUCCGCCGAGAUCCACAAGCUCAAGCUCAAGAAGGUCCCCAUUGAGGAGCAGCUGACCUCCGUCCCUAUCGAGACUCAGGUCCAGCAGCUUGGUCAGAAGUACAUGGGUGUGCGCCCCCAGAGCCAUGCCGACUACAUGUUCAACAGCAAGCCGGUUCAGUCCGAUGGCAACCACAAUGUGCCCGUGAGCAACUUCAUGAACGCUCAGUACUUCUCCGAGAUCACCAUCGGAACCCCCCCUCAGACGUUCAAGGUUGUUCUUGACACCGGCAGCUCCAACCUCUGGGUUCCCUCCCAGCAAUGCAGCAGCAUUGCGUGCUACCUGCACACCAAGUACGACUCUUCUGACUCGUCCACGUACAAGGCCAACGGCUCCGAGUUUGAGAUCCACUACGGCUCCGGCAGCCUGACUGGAUUCGUCUCCCAGGACACUGUCACCAUUGGUGACAUCAAGAUCAAGAACCAGGACUUCGCCGAGGCCACUAGCGAGCCCGGCCUGGCCUUUGCCUUUGGUCGCUUCGAUGGUAUUCUCGGCCUCGGCUACGACACCAUCUCGGUCAACAAGAUCGUCCCUCCUUUCUACCAGAUGGUGAACCAGAAGGCCGUUGACGAGCCCGUCUUUGCCUUCUACCUCGGCGACACCAACGAGCAGGGUGACGAGAGCGAGGUCGUCUUCGGUGGUGUUGAUGAGUCCCACUACGAGGGCAAGAUCACCACGAUCCCCCUCCGCCGCAAGGCGUACUGGGAGGUCGACCUCGACUCGAUCAGCCUCGGCGAUAACACGGCCGAGCUCGACGGCCACGGCGCCAUCCUCGACACCGGCACGUCGCUGAACGUCCUCCCCUCGACCCUGGCCGACAUGCUCAACAACGAGAUUGGCGCCAAGAAGGGUUACAACGGCCAGUGGUCGGUCGAGUGCGACAAGCGCGCCAGCCUGCCCGACAUCACCUUCAACCUUGCUGGUUACAACUUCAGCAUUUCUGCCUACGACUACAUCCUCGAGGUGUCCGGCAGCUGCAUCUCGACCUUCCAGGGCAUGGACUUCCCCGAGCCCGUGGGCCCUCUCGUCAUCCUUGGCGACGCCUUCUUGCGCCGCUGGUACUCCAUUUACGACCUCGGCAAGAACACGGUUGGUCUGGCCAAGGCCAAGAAAUAA